GUUUGUGCAGACGACAGCCGAUGAAAUGUUAACAAAGUGGGUGAAAGUAAAUGCUGACAACACUAUCAAGGCUAAUCAAAAGUCGGCGAGAAUUUUAACGGAAUAUCUGACAGAAAUGUGCCAAGAUACCGCAUUCGAGUCAUUUGAUGAUGUGAGACUUGCAGAAGUUCUGGACCAUUUUUAUAUGGACGUGCGUAUACCAGACUGGGAGAAAUACAAGUCGUCGUCGUUUGAUAAUAUCCGCCAUGCAUUGAACCGGUAUUUGAGGGCCCCACCACAUACCCGUAAAUUUGACAUUAUAAAAGACCCAGCAUUUUUCGAUGCGAACAUGAAUUUUAAGGCAGUGAUGGCUGAGCUGAAACGGGAGGCCUGGGAACGAUUGAUCAUUACCCUGUGAUCAAUGAAGUCGACAGAGAGAAAGUGUACACAUCCCUGCACCUGAAAACCACAACACCAUCAGGACUAUAUAACAAGAUCCAUUUCGAUAUACGUCUAUAUUUCUUCAGACGAGGAGCAGAGAACAUGCAUCUGAUGAAAAAAGACACUUUUUCGGUGAAGACAGACCCAAAGACUGGCCUGAAGUUUGUGACGAAACAGAUCGAUGAAAUGAUGAAGAACCAUCGGGCCAAUGAUAAGGAGAAUGUAUCUGGAAUAAUGCCAGCAUCCCAAGGAUCCGAGUUCUGUCCCGUGGCCUCCUAUGAACUGUAUGUGAGUAAACUUAACCCGGAAAACGACAGCUUGUGGCAAAGGAGUGUGGCUAGUUUUGUGGAAGAUGAGCCCAUCUGGUACUGUAAUUCACCUGUAGGAGUUAAGAAAAUGGGCACAUUUAUGUCGGACUUAAGCAAAUUGUGUGACUUAUCUCAAAUAUACACCAAUCACUCGGUCCGGGCCACAGGAUCCACGAUACUGUCGAAGGGUAUGUAUAGUCCCGCACAAAUCAUGUCGGUGACCGGGCACAAGUCCGUACAGUCCUUGACCGUGUAUCAGCGCGUGGAUGACGAGGAGAAGAUCAGAAUGGAACAGACAAUUACUGAAUCCAUGCAACCUGCCAAAUCCAACCAACUGGCUCUGCUCGCUGCUAGUAAUCGUCCAGCUCUUCCGGCUCCAAGUUAUCGUCUAGCUCUUCCCGGUCCAAGUAAUCCUCCCAUAGGUCACGUCACGCAUUUGGCCAUAGCCCCAACCCAAAACCAUGAGCAGUCGGUUGUCGUAACAUUUCUUAAUCUAUCUGACAUUUUCAGUGAUUUCAGCGACAUCAGCAGUGUAUCAAACUCCGUUUCAAAUACUCAAAGUAACCCCAAUACUUGCAACAACUGUCAUAUUACAGUGAUCCAGAACUUGACAAUAAAUAAAUAG